AUGGCGGCUUGCCGAGGUAAUAGAGUGUUUGCUAGGCAAGAGCUCUUGAAGGGGCAGUUUAUUCUCGAGUGCAGAGGAGAACUAUGUAAACAGCAGUCUGAUGGUGAUGAAAUGUUCAAAUACCAUUUCAGGCAUAACAACAAGGAAUACUGCAUCGAUGCCUCAAAAGACACGUGUCUGGCAUGCAUGGUCAACGACUUGGACCGAUACACAAAGCCUAAUUGCAAAAUGGUUAAAGUUGUUGAUGACAGACAUCAACCAAGACUCUGUCUGUAUGCAACUGAAAUGAUCAGCAAAGACACUGAAUUGAGGUACGAUUAUGGUGUUGCUGAUGUACCUUGGAGAAAGCGAAAGGACCCGUGUCCCUACCUCAAAGGUCACACUAAUGAUGCUGUUAAAGAUGGUCAUACAGCUGCAGAUACUACAGAGGUCACAGAAACAUCUGAAGAUGCCCUCGGUGAAUCAGCAGAAGUCUUGGAACAUGCUUAUCAUGAUGCUGUAGGGAACAGUGGGACAGUUGCCCCAUCCACAGUUGCCCCAUCCACAGUUGUCUCUGAACAUGCUGAAGGGCCGCCUCAAGAUGCUGUUAAAGAUGGUCAUACAGCUGCAGAUACUACAGAGGUCACAGAAACAUCUGAAGAUGCCCUCGGUGAAUCAGCAGAAGUCUUGGAACAUGCUUAUCCUGAUGCUGUAGAAAUCAGAGGGAUAGUUUACCAUCCACAGUUGUCUCUGAACAUGCUGAAGGGCCGCCUCAAGCAAUGUUCAAGAUUUGACCCAGCAGCAGCUACAGUAUUAUGGUUGAUCAGAGUGAUAGGCAUCUGCGGAAAAUAUUUGGAGGAUAUAUUCUCUGCGAGAGACAUAUUGCAUUCAAGCAGGAAGGAAGAAGCAAAAAUGCUGUUAAGACGAUUAUACAGUUGCAGAAACAACAGAGAUCUCAAAACCAUCUCAAGAUGCUCUUGGUGCAUCAACAGAAGAUCAGAAGUGGACCAUGCUUAUCUUGAUGCUACAGGGAACAAUUGUACAGUUGCCCCAUCCACUGUCAUCUCUGAACAUGCUGAAGGGCUGCCUGAAGCCAGGAACUUUCAGCGUUUAACAGAGGAGCAAGACCAACUCCUAAGAAAAUGUUGAAGUGUUCAACAUUACUAUGAGACGGGAACUGAAGAUGAUAGACUGUAUUAAUUAAAUCAAAAGCCACAAGUGUUUGAAUUCUCUGAAGUGGAAUUAAAUAAAAAACACAUUACACAGUUGGAUAACGACAGAUUGCACACUGAAACAAUAAUAAGUGUUCAAAGUGCUAGUACAUCUUGUACAUAGUGUCAAGGUGUCCAAGCAUGUCUCUGUAAGCCAAUGGUUCACUGCAUAUGAGGUUAAUUUAUAUCUUACAGUGGAUUGCAGCAAAAGGCCAGAGGAAAAUAUGUUUUGAUACUCAUCCGUAUUUUGAAGAAGAAAAAUGGGGCUGAAUGGCAUGUUUAUUUUUUUAUUUGACGGGCGGGCUGGGAUGAGAAUCUAAAAUAUUUUUUCUCUGGCUUAAGGCUUUAUUCUUAGUAUGUAUCUAUUAUUUCAUCAUGAUGAAGUCAUCGUUACUAUUCUACAUUGUUAAAAAUUAGAUUCAAUCAUUUUUAGAUUUCCGGAGGUUUUGAAGAGCAUAUUUUUAACAGCCAAUGGGAUGAUAAGCACAUUUCGAGUGUUACAUGACCCAGCCUUUUUAUCAAAAGUUGCUCAGGGUUCAUUUUUGCGUGUCAGAGUAAAAGGCCUUGGAAACUUCAAAAUGGCUGAAAAGGCUUGUCCAAGCACUUUAUUUUCGCUUGCACUGUUUAUCAUCUAGGUUAAUAAAUAUAAUUUCAGUUGAUUUGCAGAAAGUUUACCAGGAUAAGAAUUUGUCGAUUGUUUCUAUACAAUAAUAAUUUCAAUAAAUUAACUUUAUUUUCAAACAGUUUUGACACAAUGACCACAACGAAUUUAUAUUUUGUCACAACUAAAACUGGUACCAAGGUCUACUGCAUUGUAAAUGAAAAAUAGAAGAUAUGUGUUGACAUACGCUCGAACAACAAUUUAACAAAAUGGGUAUGUCAUGUACAACACUGAUACAAUGUUCUCAGUAGUGGUGACAUUAUGUCAUAAUAAUUUUUGUCACAAAUAGAUUUUUAGAGUUGCCGAUUGUUUUAUUCAAACAGUAAUUUCUCAUUUGAAUUUUAUGGAGAAGUAUAUUUUAAUUAUACACAUUCACAGUUAAUGUGUAAUUUCAUGGUGUCAGUCAUUGGUUUGCAGUUCAAGUUACUUUGUAGUUUCUCACUUGUAUUUUGUGACAUAUUCUUGACAUGUAAAGAUGGCAAAUGUAUGUGAUGAAUGUGAGAGAUUAACAUUGUUCAUUGCACAAUGUAUUCACAUAUGUGCUUGUUAACCUCGUUCACUAUUUUAUUUCCCUCUGCAUGUAACCAAAAAUGACUUGUAUAUAAAAUGUCCAUGAUUUAUUUAAAAUUCCAUAAUCAUGGCAACUCGACUCAGUCUCUGCAAUAUUCAAGUGUAGAUCAAGGGGCAAUCCCCUGGCAUUAUUAAUUAUUAAAAUAUUUAAUUUUACUCGUUUUAAUCUUCGAAAAAAGGUGAGGGCUCGCUCCACGGCGCUUCUUGUUUGUUUGUUUUUAGAUUAUUUUUGCUCUGAAGCAAAAUGAUGACCCCCAAUUCUUUUGCUUAUAUUUUUUAAUGAAAUGUAUAAAAUACAUGUACUUAAACGUGAAAUAAAUUUGCC